AUGAGUUUACCGUCAAGGAAUUCUGUAAGAAAAGGAAAUGGGCAGGGUCUGAGGGCUCUGGCAGCAGGGUCCUUAGCACUUGCCCGCGCCCAUGUUGAACUCCUAAAGACAGAGAAAUUCCUGGAGAAUGAAAUAGAAAAGGAAAACAGAAAGCCCCCGGACUGCAAAAUAGGACGCUUGAGGUUCACCGGUCAUCACUUGUUGCAUUCCAAAAACAUUUUACUUUUUAUUGUGGUACUGAACGUGUUGGAUUGUAUUCUAGUCAUGGCGGAGCUUUUUCUAGACAUUUAUUACCUUAAAGGGGUCAUGGAUAAAGAGGAGCUGAGCGCCAGUUUGUUUAUGGCUGGUAUGAAGCAUUUAUACCCUCACGAAUUAAUGGACAUCGCAGUCACUGAUAUUGACGGGCUAUAUAAUCGAAUUCUAUCCAGCAACGUUGACUUCUAUUCAACAACCGACAACCAGCAUGUAAUUUCAGCACUCCAUUCUUCGGACACAGUAUACAGCGAUUAUUUACCAGCAUCAAAUCACAGUGUUUUCAGACGAAGUGUUGUGAAUGAAAUGCCUUCACCAAAUAAUACUAUACCAUUAAUAGGACUUGAAAAUGGUGUCAUUGUGCAAUACGGAUUAGAGGUUAAGCUGGCCCAUUUGUUCCAUUACUUUAGCAUAUCUAUUCUUGCCAUAUUGGUUAUUGAGAACAUUUUUAAAUUUCUCUGCAGUGGAAGAGAAUUUUUUGAGAAAAAGAUAGAGGUGUUUGAUGCUAUGGUAGUGAUCUUUUCUUUCAUUUUGGACCUUGUUUUCAUCAAAGGAGUCCAUGCAUUCAAAGUCCAGAAAUUCCUUGUCAUUUUGAUUAUUCUUGUUCCAUGGAGAAUCAUACGAGUCGUGAACAGUCUUAUAGUUGCUGUGACAGACCACGCCCAUUUUAGAAUGAAAUUACUUUACAAACAGAAGAAAACUGUGACACAAGAAUUAAAGGCCUGCAAAUGUGACAUAGAAACUCUGCAAGAUUGUGUACAGUCCUUAAGAGAACUAGCAUCAAUGACUGGCAUUCCAGAAACUGAGAUAGAUGCACAAAUAGCAGCCUACCAUGUAGCGAAGAAAAAGGAAAAGCAGCAUACGACAACUGGAGUUCAUACUUUCCUACCUUCGUUUUUAGUAGGGCAUUUGUCACCUACUGACCAUACAAAACGCUCUGAGAGACUUACAAGUACUACAUCUGAAACUUCGGAAUUAAUAUCAGUGCAUUCUGGAGAUUAA